AUGGAUAUACAAAAUCAAACCUCAGUGACUGAAUUUACCCUGACUGCCUUUCCUGUUCUUCAGACACUUCAGAUUUCCCUCUUUGUGGUUCUCUUGUUUACCUACAUGCUUACUUUAACAGUAAAUAUUGCCAUUAUUUCGCUAAUAUGGGCUGAUUAUCGCCUCCAAACCCCGAUGUACUUUUUUCUCAGUAACUUGUCAUUUUUGGACAUUUUAUACACCACUUCGGUUACCCCAAAGUUGUUGGACUGUCUCCUAGAGGACAGAAAGACCAUAUCCUUUGCUGGUUGCAUCACCCAAAUAUAUUUCUACUUCUUUCUGGGAACAGUGGAGUUUAUUCUCUUGGCAGUGAUGUCCUUUGACCGCUAUGUGGCCAUCUGUAACCCCCUGCGCUACACCACCGUCAUGAACAGCAGAGCCUGCCUCCUGAUGGUUUUGGGCUGCUGGAUUGGAGCCUUUCUGUCUGUUUUGUGCCCAACUAUUGUGGUGUCAAGACUGCCUUUCUGUUAUAAGGAAAUUAGUCACUUCUUCUGUGACAUCGCCCCUCUGCUGCAGGUGGCCUGCAGAGACACUCAUUUCAUCGAGAUGAUAAACUUCCUCUUAUCUUCCCUCAUCCUCCUGACCUCGCUGGUGCUCACCACCGUAUCCUACACCUUCAUUAUUUCUACUAUCCUGCACAUCCCCUCAGCCCAAGGACGUCAGAAGGCCUUUUCCACCUGUGCUUCUCAUAUCACCGUCGUUUCCAUUGCCUAUGGGAGCAACAUCUUCAUGUAUGUUAGACCCAGCCAGGGUCAUUUGCUGGAUUUUGACAAAGUGACAGCAGUCCUCACUACAAUGGUGACCCCUCUUUUGAAUCCCUUCUUUUAUAGUCUAAGAAAUGAAAAAGUAAAGGAAGUCUUGAAAGAAGCAAUCAGCAAAAUUAUGUCCUUAUUGCACAGGAGAACUUGA